AAAAAGGAAAGGACUGGUAGUGGCCAUUCUUUUUUUAUGUGAGCUCAUCCGCGGUUUUUCUUUGUUACCUUUUUUGGUCCCCCGAGUUUGUUUCCCCCGUCAAAGUCGCAUCCCACUUGAGUCAGACACAAAGAGACCAUGGCGAUUACAGGCGACCACUCGCCGAAUGUGGCGGGAAGUGUCAUCUUCCUGAGCGUUCUCGCUUUUGUUACCUACGCUUUGCGCGUCUACUGUCGCUUGACGAGGCGAUCAUGGUCAGUAGAGGACUGGAUCAUGACAGUCGCACUGGUUCCCUUCUGCGUCCUGGUCUCGGGCUGCCUCGGCGGCGCCUUCAACGGCAUCGGCAUCCACACCUGGCGCCUCCAACAACCGGGGAACGAGCGGUACGCCGCCGAGGGCCAGAAAUUCUUCCUGGUCUUCGAGGUCGGCUACUGCGCGGCGAUUAUCCCCAUCAAGCUCAGCAUCAGCUGGAUGCUGAUCCGCAUCGCCGAGGGGCGCAGGAUGUACAUCUACAUCCAGUAUGCGGUGAUUACGCUGUUUACGCUGAUGAACGUGAUUGCGCUUAUCUUCAUCCUCAUUAAUUGUAUUCCGAUCCAGGCGGCGUGGGAUACGAGUCUUUUGGAGAAGGGCGGGCAUUGCCAGCCGGCGCAUGUGCUUACGGAUGUUUAUUAUGCGACGACGGCGGUGAAUAUUGCGACGGAUUGGGUUACGGCGUUGAUGCCAAUCCCGCUCCUCUGGAACGUCCAGCUCAACCGCAACAGUAAAGUCGCCGUCAUGGGCCUAAUGAGUCUCGGCAUCCUCGCCUCCCUCUCAGCCUGCAUCCGCCUCAAAUACACCAUAAACCUCACAAACCAAACCGACUUCCUCUUCGCCGUCUCCGACGUGCUCAUCUGGGGCUUCGCCGAAAACGCCAUCGGAAUGACCGUCGGCAACAUCGCCACCCUCCGCCCCAUCUUCCACUCCUUCUUCGAGCGCACACUUCGACGGACCGGGUAUAGCGGGAGUCGCAGUCGCAGCGGCGGUGGCGCGUCGCGCCUGGCGUCUGGGUACGAGCUGUCGCAGCAAGGCGGGAAGAGUGGGGAGCAUGGCGCUGGGGGUCCGGGGGGGUAUACGAAUACGGUUACGGAGAUUACGAGGGGGUCGCAUGUGAAUGUGGGGACGGGGACGGGGACGGGGGAUGAAAGUGAGUUGAGUGAUGGGGAUAGUCAGAAGGGGAUUUUUGCGAUGAAAGGUGGGAAGAAGCAUGGGAACGCGGAUAUCAUGGUUAGUCGGCAGGUGGAUGUUACGUAUGAGCGGUAGCUGGUGCCGUUGAUGCUGUUGGGACGAAUUUUUAUAUACUGUACAAAUAUAAUGGCAUAUGAGAGUGGUGCUUAUAUCGUGUAUUUAUCUUUGGCGCGGUUCUUGGCCACAAACCCUAUACUGAAGCAAGAGAAUGAUACUCAUUCCUAAAAAGUAACGUGACU